GCCGCGAAAGAGUUAAGCCUCCGUCGAAGCUCAGAUCACAACGAUCACCGUCACGACCAAAUAGAGGCGAAGAUGGUGGCAGGAGAAGAAAAGAGGUUAGAGAUGAUGCAAAAUCUCUUCGGAGAUAACUCCGAGGAAGAAGAGGAAGAAGAAGAGAUUGACUCCGAACAUGAGUCCAAUCCUCACCCCAACUAUCCUUCCGAUGAGGCUGAGGGAGGUGUGGAGCCUGGAGAAGAAGAAGAAGCUGUGGUUGAAGUUCAAGUAGACGCUGUGUCUGUGGGUGAACAGGGCGAUGCAGAGCUUGGUCAUGGCGAAAGCGAGGGUGAGAGGGAGCAAAGUUCACAUGAAGGUGAUGUUGCUGGUCAACACGAAGAGAGUGAAGAAGAAGAAGGGGAUGAGGAGAGAGUAGCUGUGAAUAGGAGGCGUGAUGUUGUUGUUGAGAGUGGAUCAGAGAGGUCUGGUGGUGAAAGGCGUUAUGAGUCUGAAGAUGAAGAGGUUGAGCAGAAGGAAGAGGCUCCAGUUGUACAGUCAGAUGAUGUAAAUAUCCGUAAUGUGUUUGGAUCUUCGGAUGAUGAAGAUGACGCAGAAGAAUAUGUUCGUAAUGACAUUGAGCCAGAUGAGCCUAGAUCGCCAGUGGAAGAUGAAGAGGGCUCUGAGAAGGAUCAGAGACCAGACGACAUGGGCCUUGAUGAUAUGAUCCCUGAAGAGGAUACUCGCUACGAGUCAGAAGAUGAGCAUGUUGAAGCUAGGCACAGGGACAGGGACAGGCCUGUUGGUCCUCCUAUGGAAGUAGAAGUUCCUUUCCGCCCUCCUCCUGGUGAUCCUGAAAAGAUGAACAUGAUAAAAGUUUCUAAUAUAAUGGGAAUAGAUCCAAAGCCAUUUGAUGCCAAGACGUUUGUUGAAGAAGACACAUUCGAGAGAGAUGAACCUGGAGGGAAGAUGCGUAUUCGUCUGGCGAAUAACAUUGUACGCCAUAGGUUUGUCAAGGGUCGAGAUGGUAAAACAUAUAGUGAGAGCAAUGCUCGGUUUGUAAGGUGGUCAGAUGGAAGCUUACAGCUAUUGAUAGGAAACGAAGUUCUUGAUAUAACUGAACAAGAUGCACGACAAGACCAGAAUCACCUUUUAGUCAAACAUGAAAAGGGGAUCCUUCAAUCACAAGGAAAAAUUAUGAAGAAAAUGAGAUUUAUUCCAUCGUCACUCACGUCAAAUUCUCAUAGGCUUUUGACUGCGCUUGUUGACUCGAGGCAGAAGAAGGACUUCAAAGUUAAGAACUGUGUCACUCACAUUGACCCUGAGAGGGAGAAGGAGAAGAGGGAAAGGAUGGAGAGCCAAAACCUAAAGGCUAGUACAAAGCUGAGUCAAGCAAGGGAGAAGGUUAAGCGCAAGUAUCCACUUCCUGUUGCGAGGAGACAGCUCUCAACUGGGUACUUGGAAGAUGCUCUCGAAGAGGAUGAAGAGACGGACCACUACGGUUCACACCGCUCAAACCGUGGCUAUGAGGAGGAUCUUGAAGCUGAAGCGCAACGGGAACGAAGGAUUAUGAACGCCAAGAAGAGCAACAAAGGCUUUCCAGGGAGGUCUUCAAUGACGUCAGCGAGACCAACAAGGCGUCAAGAGUAUUCAGAGAGUGAGAGAGAGGAAUCAGAGUAUGAGACUGAGGAAGAGGAAGAAGAAGAGGAAGAGGAAAGGCCACGUUCACGUAAAAGAGUCAAGGAACCAGAAGAUGAGUAUGAGGAAGAGGAAUUAGAAGAAGAUGAAGAAGAAGCUGAGGGAGUGAGGGGAGAUAAGGACCGUGGUGGAAGUAGUAGCCGGAAAAGGAAAGGGAUUGAGUCUGAUGAGGAGGAGUCUCCUCCGAGAAAAGCUCCGACUCAUCGUCGUAUGGCCAUGGUUUAUGACAGUGAUGAGGACUAACACUUCUCAUCUAUCUUUCACUCUCCCAUUUCAUUAACUUUUUUUGUUAUAUAAGAUAAUGUAUAGGUUGGGACAUAUUUACCCAUGUGAAUCGAAAAACCAAAAUUAAAAUUAAGCAAUUAAACUGAA